AUGUCUUUGUUUAGUAAUUGCUUGACAGUUAAAAAGUGUAAUAUUCAUCCUGAAUAUAAUGUAUAGUUUACAUUAUUAAAAAAAACUGAGUCUAAUUAGGCUUUUUAUUGCUCUUUAUGCUUGCUCUAAUAAAAUAUUGACAGCAAAUUGUUAAUAUCGAUUGAUAAUGUUGUUAAAUAAGUAAAUACUGAGCCUAUAUUCAACUGGCCUUUAGGUAUUAGUAAAACUAUUACUGAAUAUCUGCAAGAUAAAUCUUCAGUGAAUAAGAAGGAGCAACUCAAAUAAAAAAUUGAAGAUUAUUACAAAGAUUUGGAACAACAAUUUCUUAAAUAGCUAUCAGAAUCUAAAUAAUAAACUCUCUAAGAUCUUGAAAAUUAAUCUGCCUUAGAAACUGAUAUAAUAAAUGUUUAUAACUACUAUUUCAGAAGAACUAAUUUAAUAAAUUUGUUAAGUAAUAAUGUAUCAAACGAUGAGGAAUAUUGGAAUAUUUUAAAUCAAGUGGAUGAAUAAAAGGAAUAAAUCUUCAAAGAAUUAGAAGAAAAGAUAAAAUAAAUAAAAUAUAUUUAAUAAUAACUUGAAAAGGGUGUACCUUAUAGGAUUAAAUAAAACAUAAAUUAGCUUAUAAAAAAUAUUUAAUUUUUUGAUAGCUCAGUCAAAACUCCAGAAAAAAGUGAAUAAAAUAAUAAUUAAUUAUCAGAACUCAACAAUAAUUUUGAUUUAACUACUCAUGAUAAUAUUUUAUAUUGUAUUUUACAUGAGCCUAUUAAUAAGAGUUUAUUAAGUAAGAUUUUAUAAGAAAAAAAUAAAGAAUAUUAAACUAUUAAAUCUGAUAUUGAAAAAUUAAUUAAAGAAUAGUUACCAGCAACACAAAGUUUAAUGUUGACAAAUUUAUCACAAUUAAUUGAUCAAAUUUAAGAAAAAUUGGUAUCAUUUGAGUGCCUACGAUAUUAAGAAUUCAACCUUUUAGAUUGCAAAAAGUAAGAUGAAAGGUCGAAGAUAGUAAAAGUUAUUCUACAAUAAUAUUUAACUUUGAAUGAAUAACAAUAAUUGGCAAUUAAGUAAGAUAUUAAUUCAUUUUCAAAGAAAAAUGUUUUUAUGGAAUUUUUAGACCAAAAAAAAAAAGCUGAAAUACCCUAAAAUCAGUUUAGAAAUUAAUUAGGAGGUUUGUUCUAAAAUGCAAAUUAAAAAUAAUAAACAAGUCUUUUUGGAGGAAUAAAUAAUCUUCCUACCACUCAGACUGAACCUAAAGUUGAAAAUAAAACAAGUUUAUUUGGCUUUUCAAAAAUCGUCAUUUGA